AUGCGCCGUCCAAGUCUAGCUCUCCUAGCUCUGAGCUCGCUGCCGUUUGGUAAUGCUCGACAGCCCAGCUUCAGCAUCCACCAAGAUCUGCUGGCACAUCCUCAGUUUGAAGUAAUCUUUUCCGACAGCUAUAUCUCCGAGGCCGACGCCUUUGCCCUGCUCGAAGCAGCCAACAAGGCACCCAAACCGACCCCCGCCAGCGACGGCGCGAACCAUGGCUCGACAACACAGACUGAUCUGACGAGCGAGAUUCGCGAAUCCGCGACCGCAAAUGCCGACUCCGAUAUCACCGGCGACGAUACCGCAGAUGGCUCCUCGCAGCUUAGAGAGACAUACGAGCUUAUCGCCCACCCGCCCAUGCGCUACCUCUGCUCGAUCCCCAUCAUCGCCCCGCCGCCAGCUCUCAACAAAACCGCGACCGAGCUCGCCAAAGCCGAAGAAGCCCGCGAAGUAGCGCGCGCUUACAACAAGGGAUGGGAACUGAUGCGCGGCCUAGAAAACGAUGUCUUCAAUUUGUUAGCGGCUGGCGGUCCUCCGUUGCGUGAAAAGAACAGCCAGGAGUACGUUCUGGGAACAUCAUUGGCGCCGUCAUCGCUGUCCAGUCAAAAGGGAAAGCAGAUCGAAGUACCCAAUACCGAACAGAAGCAGCUAUCGCCUCCCCCUAAUACCGAGCUCCAGGCGAAAGACGACCAGCGCUACCUCGUCCAGCGACUAGACGGGGGCACCAUUUGCGAUCUUACAGGCCGUCCGCGCACCAUCGAGAUUCAGUACCACUGCAACCCAGCCCUCUCAAGCGACAGAAUCGGUUGGAUCAAGGAAGUCACCACCUGCGCCUAUCUAAUGGUCAUCCACACCCCGCGACUCUGCGCCGACGUUGCGUUCCUUCCACCCAAAGAAACCAAGGCGCACCUGAUUACUUGCCAGCAGGUUAUCAGCUCUGAAGAGGAAGUGAUAUCAUUCAACCAGCGGAGGAAGAACACAAUCGACUCUUCAGCAGCAGCAGCAGCAGCAGCAGCAGCCGCCGCCACUGCUCAAGAUCAAACCCAAAAACAGGGAUCAGCCGAAAAGUUGGCAUCCUACCAAGGCCUAACAAUAGCCGGCAUCCCCAUCGGCGGACGCCGCAUCAUCCCCUCGACGCACGUCCUCCCUCUCCCGCGCCACCUCCAGAAACAACGUGAGGAAGAACAGCAAGGGAACCUCCUCGAAGCACUGACCAAAGCGGCCUUCAAAGCAGACGUCUUUGGUCACUAUGGCGAGAAAAUGAACAAGCAAGGGGCUGGCAAGGGAACAAGAGAAUCAGGAGCAGGGAAGGGCCAAGGCAAGAAGAAAGAAAUGAAAAAGAUGAGGAUUUCCGAGCGGGACAUCGAUAAGUUGGGGUUGGAUCAGCAGACGCUUGACGCUAUAAGGGAGGAGAUCAGAGCUGCGGGACUGGAUCCGGAUAGGGAUUUGGAUAACGAGAGGGAGAGCGGUGGGGAGAUGGUGUGGGAGUUUUAUGCGGAUGUUGAUGAGGAGGACUUGGUUGAGGGGGAGGGUGGAGGAGUGGGGGUUCCGGCGGAGGUAACAGAGGGUACGGAGGGGGGUUAUUGGUACGGGGAAGAAGGAGAAGAGGAGGGAGAAGAUGGCGAGGGGAAAAAGGAGGGAAGUGGAAGUGGGAAUGCCGAGGAGGGGAGUAAGGAGGAGUAUUUUAGGGAUGAGCUCUGA